CUCUGAGCCGAGCGCCUGUGUUUCACUACGAGCAGAAAGCGUACAAAGAACAUAAGAUAAAUGGGCCGAACUCUGCUAAUAGCUUCUCCCGUGAACGGAUUGCGUCCACGGAAAGCGGACACUUUGACUCCACGGAAGCUUUUUGACUAGGCAAGACACAAACGGAAGCAUGUUUGCUAAGUUUAUACGGAAUCUGUGAGAGCCUCAUCCUCUCUCUUGCUGUUCAAUUGCUCCUUUUGGGAAAGAUGGGAAGGAUUUACAGGAUGAAUAUUAUUUUUCUGUACAUACUGUAUGGACUGGUGGUGGCCACAGCCAAGAAGGAGGAGUGUUUAUCGGGUCAGUACACCACGGAUGGAAAGUGCUGCAAGCAGUGCCCGCCCGGCGAGGGUGUCGUCAAACCGUGUGGAGCCACGCAGACUGUGUGUUCACCCUGCCUGGACAGUGAAACCUUCUCAGAAAACUUCAGCCACACGGAGAAAUGUCAUCCCUGCACAAAAUGCACAGGUCUUUUCCGUAUGGAGACCCCGUGCACGGACGCCAACGACGCCACUUGCGUGUGCAACUACGGCUACUUCCUGAAUGACCUCUCGCAGAGGUGCGAGCCCUGCACCAAAUGCCUCGAGGGCCAGGGCAUGCUGUUCAGUUGCGAGUCGGACCACGACACGGUGUGCGAAGAGUGCGGUGGGGACACAUACUCGGACCAGGAAAGUUCCCGGGAACCCUGCAUCCCCUGCACUACCUGUGACGAGGGUGUUGAAGAGUUGCAGGCCUGCACUUCUGUCACUGAUACUAUUUGUCAAGAGCAGUACCCAUCAGUGUCACCCACACCCUUUACCGGCGCCACCAUGCCCACCUAUGACGACUUCCCCAUCGAUGGCCCCCCAUCCGACGACCCGACAGACAGCAGCGCCACCACAACCGAUGGCGAUUCACACGAGCGCAUCUACGAGAGCCUGAACGACAAGCUCAUACCCGUCUACUGCUCCGUUCUGGCGGCUGUGGUGGUCGGCCUCGUGGCCUUCAUCAUCUUCAAGAGGUGGAACAGCUGCAAGCAGAACAAGCAACAAGCCAACAACUGCACGUCCAACCAGAACCAGACGCCGUCACCUGAGGGCGAGAAGCUGCACAGCGACAGCGGCAUCUCCGUGGACAGCCAAAGUCUGCAGGAACAGCUGGGCCAGACUCAGACACACACGGUGGUGACCAUGGAUGAGGACCCCUGCUUGCUCCUCCCCCUGCACACCAGAGAAAAAGUGGAGCAGCUUCUGUUCAGAGGAGGUGAAGAAGGCGACUGCAACAUGGAGGAGGACUGGUGCAACCUGGCAGGCCUGCUGGGCUACGAGGACGAACGUAUUGCCACCUUCCGCCAGGAGGAUCACCCCGUGCGGGCGCUCUUGUCCGACUGGGCGAGCAAGGACUGCGCUAGCGUGGACGCCCUGUGCACGGCGCUACGCAAGAUCAACCGCAACGACGUCGCCCAGAGUCUGGCGCUCAGCCCGACCGCCCCAAAACCCACCGCCACUUCUGUGGUGUGAAUUUAGAAUUAAAUAAAACUUUUUAUUUUUCUCCUGGAGCGUGUCCGCAUAUGGAAGGAAAUGAACAUGUUCAAUUCCAGUGCAAGCCUGACAAGCAGAGGAAGGAUGUUUAAAUUUCAGCAAAUGGACCUCUUCAAUGAGGAAUAAACUUUGUCCAAAAGUGACCUUUGCACACUUUAGUGAUGCCCCCAAAAACACUGACGACCGUCAAUGAUUGACAUUGAACUCAUCAUAAAUAAUGUAGACACUCUCACGUAGGUCCAUAAUAUGUAACCAUGCAUGGAUGUAUUAUAUAAAACACACACAUAGACGAUAAGGUACAUUUAUUGCUAAUAUACUAGGGAUGGGCAUUUGGAAAAAUUAUGAAGUUAUUGUUGUAUAUUUAUUUCAAUGACCAUCAUAUUUUUUUGUACUUUUUAAACAAAUUUAAUGUAAAAAAAAAAAAGACAACAAAAUGACUCAACAGCGCCUCUGCAGUUUGUCACAUUGUACUGCACCUCAUUUUGCUUGUAUUUUUUUGUGUCUUACACAAUACCAACUAGGUUGAUGGCGGCCAUGUUUUUUAACCAAUCUUGCUCAAAUGUUACAGACGUGUUUGCCAGUCUAAAUUUCACGGUGGUGUGUUUUUUUUGUAGUGGGCACUAAACCACGUUAGAACCCACACUUUCUGCAUGAUGGUGGCCAUGUCUUUCAACCAUUCAUUCAUUCAUUUUCUACCGCUUAUCCAGGGUCGCAGGGGGUGCUGGAGCCUAUCCCAGCUGUCUUAUGGAGAGAGUCGGGGUACACCCUGGACUGGUGGCCAGCCAGCCAAUCACAGGGCACAUAUAGACAAACAACCAUUCACACUCACAUUCAUACCUAUGGACAAUUUGGAGUCGCUAAUUAACCUAGCAUGUUUUUUAGAAUGUGGGAGUAAAACCGGAGUACCCGGAAAAAAAACCCCACUCAUGCACGGGGAGAACAUGCAAACUCCACACAGAGAUGGCCAAGGGUGGAAUCGAACUCCGGUCUCCUAGCUGUGAGGCAUGCGCGCAAACCGCUCAUCCGCCAUGCAACCCGGAAAUUUAUUAAUUUAUUCAUUUUCUACCACUUAUCCUCACGAGGGUAGCGGGCGUGCUGGAGCCUAUCCCAGCUGUCUUAUGGCGAGAGGCGGGGUACACCCUGGCCAAUCACAGGGCACAUAUAGACAAACAACCAUUCACACUCACAUUCAUACCUAUGGACAAUUUGGAGUCGCUAAUUAACCUAGCAUGUUUUUUGGAAUGUGGGAGUAAAACCGGAGUACCCAGAAAAAAAACCCACGCAUGCACGGGGAGAACAUGCAAACUCCACACAGAGAUGGAAGUGUGGAAUUGAACUCUGUUUCACUGUGAUUCAACACAACACCCACAAGUUUGAGUGUGUAUUUAAUAUUAUAGACUGUAAAAGUGAUUCAACAGUGCCCCUCCAGGUUAUAACAAGUACUGCACCCUAUUUUUGCCUCAUUUACUUUAACACAUGAUGCCCAUCCCUUGUAUAUUGAUCAUUAUAUACAUACAGCUACAGUAAGCCUAUAUUUUUCAACCGUAUGUCCACAAAGCCUAAUACACCUGCUAUAUGAUACCUAAUAACACAUAAAAAUAAAAUAAACACAUGAACGCAUGAAAAUAUGAACAAAUAUGCCAACGCACAUACAGUAUUAUCAGGACGUAAAACAAAAUGCAGGUCUUUCCUCUCCUCUUCUGCUUCCUUUCUCAGGGUGGAAUGAUUGUGUCGCUACUAAUGAACACAUAAAUCUAUAACGUACAUAUUUACCAUGUUUUGGUUUACAUCCAUAUUACUUCAAAAGGGGAGCCUAUUUGGCUGUAUGCAUGCAUUCCAUUCUUAAACUUAUUAAAUAUGAUUUCAUAAUGGAUGCUUCCCGGAGAGGAACCCAUUAUUAGCACCUAUUUUCUUCUUUGAAGGAACUAUUAAGUCCUAAUUGUUACAAAUAGUGUAGUAUUCUUUUCAAAUGAAGGUAUUUUUAUUAUCUUUUUAUUGUUAUUAUUUUUAAUGUAGCACUUAAAUGCAUCAUAAGUCCCUUUUACAUUACAAGUGCCUAUUUUAGGUUGUGUAGUGAUGUUGUACAGUUUUUGUUUAUGUAACAAUUUGCUUAUUUUUUUUUGUAAAUAGUUAUGUAUGUACAUUAUACGGAUUUAUGUUUCUGGAAAUAUACUGGGACCAAUACACAAACCAAUAGCGCAUACACAAUGAAUGUUGUGCGUCAUAAAUAAUAAUAAGUACUGUAAUAAAUCACAUACAUACGCGUGUCCUCUAUAAGGAAACUGUGAUCGGACAUUUAAUUUUCUGUGGACAGUAUUUGUAAGAAUAAGAAUUUGCACUUGAGAGUGUUAUAGUGAUUAUGCAAAUGAGGGGAGCACUUGAUCAUGGUGACUGAACGUGUACAGUUAUGACAAUUACUGAAUGUUCCUUGUAUACUAAACGCAUCAUACUGUAUUAUACCCAAUGUGAAUUUGAGAGGUUCUUACAAUAAUAAAGCUUAUGA